AUGCCUCUUUGCGCUCCUUAUCUCACCAUCAUCAUCGCCAUAGCCACCUUCUUAUUAUUAAUCCCUCCAUCCAUCUCUACUGCUUCCCCACCUCCGGUUGGAUUUGCCGUCCGGCUGAUCCACCGCGACUCCCCGUUCUCCCCAUUCUACAGCUCUUCCCUCUCCUCCGUCCACCGCUUCCAAUCAUCCCUUCGACGCUCCCUCUCCCGCCUCCGUCACCUCCACCACUCCCUAACCACCGCUGACGUUUCCUCGAAACUUCUCCCCCUCGACGGCGAGUACGUCAUGGCCUUCUCCUUCGGCACUCCCCGCGUCCAAGCCUAUGCCGUUGCCGACACCGGCAGCGAGCUCAUCUGGCUCCCACCCCGCUCCUGCAAAUCCUCCAAAUCCUCCUCCUACAAACAACUCUCCUGCGCCGCCGACGACUGCGCCGACCUCCCCUCUGCCGCCUGCAAAGAUUCCGGCGACGACACCUGCGAGUUCAGAAUCCGGUACCAGGACGACUCCAAAGUCCGAGGAACCCUCUCCUCCGACUCCUUCUCCUUCGACGAGGUCGACGUCGGGAACCUAACCUUCGGCUGCGCCAGCAACGUCUCCGGGAGCUUCGCGGGUUACCCUGCCGGCGUAAUGGGUCUGAGCCCGAGAGCUCUGUCUCUGCCCUCCCAGCUGAGAACCCGAAAGUUCUCGUACUGCAUGGUGCCGCCGGACGACGAGGAAGCGGAGUCGGGUAGUAGAAUGUACUUCGGAUCGGAGCCGGUGACCGCCGGCGGGCAGACUCCAAUUCUGACCGGCCCGGAUCGUCGGAAUCAAUACUACGUGUCUCUGGAGGGAAUCAGCGUGGGGGAGGAAAGGAUUGAAGCAGGAGGCGAAGGGCUUAUGGUAGACACGGGGACGCAGUACACGGUACUGGCGGGGGAGGUUUACGACGGGUUGGUGGAGGCGCUGCGGCGGAGAAAGGCGGGGUCGUGGAGGAGGAGGGGUGGCGGGAGGGGGGUGUGCUUUGUGGGGAGCUGGGAAGAGUUGGGGGAGGUAGCAGACGUGAGUUUGGAAAUGGAUGGUGCGGUGGUGGAGCUGACGAAGGAGAGUACGUACGUGGAGGUUGGGAGUGGGGUGUGGUGUCUAGGCAUUGCGAGGUCGGAGUCAGGGUUGUCCAUACUCGGAAACUAUCAGCAGCAGAAUUACUAUGUAGGGUUUGAUCUUGAUGCUGGAGUGGUUUCCUUCGCUCCUGUGGAUUGUGCUUCCUCCUAA